AUGGAUUCAUAUGAUGCAGUUCGUGAUUUGCAUGCAUGGAGGACCGACUGGAACAUUGGCGUCAAGGUCUUGAGGCGAUGGUUUAUUGUUCAUCGAAACGGGAAUCCAGGCUUAGCAUUCGUUUUCGUUGAUGAACAUGGCUCUAGAAUUUAUUGUACUUGUGGUGCUACGUGUUAUGAGUACUUCGAGAGGGUUUGCCCUGAAGGAGGAUGGGUAAGACUGACCAAUUUCGGCUUGAUUCGGUCGGAUUGGGAAAUGAAGGAAAGAGUUACUAAACACAAAUCCCAGAUCACUCUCAACUCGGAGACCAAGGCUUCACGGAUCAGGCCAUUGUCUGAAGAUCCCUUCAUGAAUUUCGUUGAUUUUGAUGAGAUUUAUAAUCGUCCCUAUAAUCACUUGUACCCAGUCGAUCUUAUUGGAGUGUUGGUAAAUGUUGGUGAUCUCUUAACAUCUGAGUCCUCAAAUGGAAAUACUGAAAAAACGCUGAAGUUCACUAUCAAGAAUCUUGAGGAUCGGACUGUUAAUUGCUUGGCUCAUGGUGAUUUUGUUGUUGAUAUCAAGAACCAGACUGUAGGCGUAGAUGGUCCGGUUGCGAUUUGUGUAUUGACGGAUUGGGUCGUCAACAAAUAUCAAGAUGAAAUAACCAUCCAUGAUCAUGAGAAUAUUGGCUUCUCACGUUUCUUUGUUACUCCACCUAUUGACGAGGUUCUCAUCUACCGUAGGAAAUUCAUAUCUGAUAUUCUCGAGGAUCCUCCUACUCCAGAAGUGGCAAUAGCAAAAAUGAGGCUUGAAACUUCAGUUGAUUUUACCCAUUUGGAUGAUGAAUAUGAAGAUUAG